UAUAUAGAAUUUUUUAAUACAUUUAUUUUAUAUGUACAACAGAUUUGUGACAAAGAAUUUCUUAAAUGUGAUAGGUAAAGAGAACAAAGAGGAUAAUGAUUUUGUGAACAACUGUGGAUAUGAAACAUACUUAUUCAAGAAAAAGUUGAACAAUUGUCAAGAAGAAGUCUUAUAUGUGAAAUGUUUGCCAGCAGUAAAAUUGUGCUUAGCUGCACGUAUGUCAUGAUGACAAGAUACCACGCAACAAGGCUACUGAUAAGUGGUCUACGCAAAUUUCUGCUGAAGGAUCAAUCAGCAAUAGCUUGCGUGCACAAUUUAGUUAUUGAUAGGCCAAUGCCAUUAACAAAGGAACCGAUUCCACCAGUCAACAGAUAUGUCCUACGUACGCACACGUGUGGCGAGCUGACACUAAAGAAUGUCGGGGAAAAAGUGAGAUUAAGCGGCUGGACGGAGUUCCAGAGAAUGAAAAAAUUUAUAACGUUACGAGAUGCUUAUGGAUCGACGCAGUUGCUUAUACCUGAAGAUAGAAAAGAUUUAGUAGAAACUGUACAGACUUUGUCUUACGAAAGCGUCUUAAACAUAGUAGGUAAAGUCGUACCAAGACCUGAAAAUCAGCAGAAUAAGAAAAUGAAAACGGGUGACAUAGAAGUGUACGUGGAAUCUCUGGAGGUUCUAAAUGUGGCGUCGCAAAAUCUUCCGAUAUUCAUUAGAGAGUAUAACAAAGCCAAAGAGAGUCAGCAAAUGAAGUAUAGAUAUCUGUCAUUGAGAUUUUCCGAAGUACAAAGAAAUUUAAGGCUGCGUUCCUCUCUCAUAAUGAAGAUGAGAGAAUUUUUAAUCAACGAAUGCAGCUUUGUAGACGUUGAGACGCCAACGCUGUUCAAAAGUACACCAGGGGGUGCGCAAGAAUUUGUUGUGCCCACGAGACAGCCGAAUCACUUUUAUUCGUUAGUACAGAGUCCUCAGCAAUUCAAGCAGCUUCUCAUGAUAGGCGGUCUCGAUAGAUACUUUCAAGUUGCCCGAUGUUACAGAGACGAGAGCGCCAGACACGACAGACAGCCAGAGUUUACACAGUUGGAUAUUGAAAUGUCGUUUGUUGACCGGGACGGAGUGAUGAGCUUGAUUGAAAAUUUACUGAUGUACUCGUGGCCGGAACAGUCGGACUUCGUAAAAGUGCCCUUUAAGCUUACGACAUAUGAAAACGCGAUGGAAAUGUACGGUAUUGACCAACCAGAUUUAAGAAUACCGUAUCAAAUACAAGAUCUUACACACAUGUUUGAUCUGUCAGUAUUAAAGGAGGCUGUGCAACACGAAGAUAACAAACAAAAGGUGUACGCGUUGGUUUUUCCACAAAAAUCAAAAUACUUAACAAAAUCUAUUAGAGAUGAACUCUCCAAGAUCCGUAGUGAUUAUUUUGGCGCUACAAAGCUGGUUCAAUUAAAAAUUGAAGGUAAUUCGUGGAGAACACAGUUGGAUAAGCUGAAAUCGAAAUCGGGAGCUAUAGCGGAAAAUAUAUUGCAGUAUUGCAAGUUACAGGAAGGAGAUGCAAUAUUACUGGCGAUUGGACAUCGAAUGGAUGCAUUAAAACUCUUAGGAAAGCUACGUAUCGAAUUUACAAAUGUAUUAGAAGCCAAAGGUGAACAGAUACGUUCAUCCGAAAAUGAAUUUCUAUGGGUCACGGAUUUUCCGUUGUUCACAUUUGACGGAACGACAUUGGAAUCGACGCAUCAUCCGUUUACGCAACCUCAUCCAGAUGAUCUGAAAUAUCUUACGACUGAUCCUCUAAAGGUGAGAGGCUUACACUACGAUCUGGUUUUGAAUGGAUCUGAAAUAGCAGGAGGUUCCAUUCGAAUCCACGACGCGAAUUUACAGAGGCAGAUAUUGAAGAUGUUGAACAUAGACGAAACAAAAUUGUCGCAUAUGCUCGAAGCAUUAAUGUACGGAGCUCCGCCUCAUGGUGGAAUAGCUAUAGGAUUAGAUCGCCUUGUCUGCUUACUUUGUAAAGAAAGGAGUAUAAGAAACGUCAUAGCUUUUCCAAAAACGAUGGAAGGACGAGAUUUAAUGUCUGGAGCACCAGACGUCAUUUCAGACGAGUUGAAGAGUUUGUACCAUAUACAAACAGUAAAUAAAUAAAAUUCUUUUUCAUUAACUGCGAGUUUCGGGACGCCUUAUCUGCAAUAUUUUUAUCAAGGAUAAAUUAUUAUCCAAGUUUCAAGUGGUUAUCGGAAGCAUUUAACUACCGGAAACUGAAUAAAUAAAAAGACCAAAAAUAGAUGUACAAAAAAAGUGUUUUAUUAAUUUUUUUUUAGUAAACUCUCGUGCGUUCAAUUGAAAUGUUUUUACAGAAAAAUAAAAAAUACAAUUCAGCCUGCACUAAACUAUUGACAUUCACAAUUUUUCCAAGAAGGAUCUAAGAGGGUUUCCUCCUUUUUUUGUACACUUCUUGAGAGCCUCUCU